AUGCGCUCGAUUGCUGCAGUUUCACUAGCUCUAGCCCUCAGCGGCUCGGUCUCCGCUCAUGGCUACCUUAAAUAUGUUGAUCAUAAAGGUAUCGCGUACGGAUUAUGGGAGCCAUUUUCGGAUCCUUACUACAGCCCGCUUCCUCUGAGAUAUGACCGAACUAUCGCCGACAACGGUCCGGUUAUAGGAAUGCAGAGCUCUAACAUCACUUGUAAUAACGGCGGAAAUAACCCAGCCAAUGUCGGGAUAAUUGAGGUCGCCGCCGGGGAUACCUUGAAGCUUGUUUGGGAUCAAUGGGGUUCAGCCCAUUCCGGGCCCGUCAUGACAUACAUGGCCAAGUGCACACCGAACUGCGCUAGCUUCAAGGGUGACACUGGAUCUCCUUGGUUCAAGAUCGACCAGUUCGGUUAUGAUCCCACUAAAAGCCCACCAUGGGGUUCUGACUAUCUUGCUCGCCAAGGGGCCUGGUGGAAGGUCACUAUUCCACCAACCAUUUCGUCCGGGGAGUAUCUGCUCCGUCAUGAAAUAUUAGGGUUGCAUGUUGCAAACGAAGUCAACGGUGCUCAGUUUUACCCUUCAUGCGUACAUCUAAAAGUUACAGGCGGUGGAAGCGAUAGCCCGAGCGGUGUGGCGCUCCCAGGUGCCUACAAUCCAAAUGAUAAGGAUGGUAUCUUGAUUGCUCUAUACCAGAUCAACCAAGGUGAAAAAAUCUAUACCGCGCCAGGCGGCCCUGUUUGGUCGAAGGCUGCAGCUCCCCUUCAAACCGCUGCAACAGCCGCUGGAUCUGCUUAUGUUGCAAGUUCGUUGGCUCCAUCUGUCCGAGGUGCUACUGCCGCCACCACUCCCGCAACGACUGCUGCAACUUCUUCCAGGACUACCACACUGGUGACUACAACUCGCACAACUACUGCUGCAAGCACUACUACUACUUCAAGAACUACAACCCCAGCUACGACAAGUACAACAUCUCGAAUCACUACCGGAUCUACUGGCACUGGUACCGUUGGUGCAUGGGGACAGUGCGGUGGUAUUGGGUGGACAGGAGCUACCGCUUGUGUUAGCGGAUACACCUGCAAAGUCUUGAACGACUACUACUCUCAAUGUACCCAAUAG